AUGUUGCACCAGAGCUACGACGCGAUGAACGCUUUCGCUUGUGGCGAGAGGAACCAGUUAGAGGUUUGUGCGCACGACUGGCUGGCCGAGGAUGAGGAGAUCGCAGACGACGAUAUCCGCUUGGCCACUCACAUAUCCAGCACCCGACGGGGCAACCUUACAGUUAUCCUCGAUGCAGCCGAUGAACGCGUUGCGGUGCGGAGUGGCAGGGGUGGCUUCAUGGGCGACACGUCGGACACUCAGAACUACCAGAAUGCGGUCCGUGCCUGGGUUUCUUUUGAGAGGCGCCAAGGCGCUGAGAGCAUGGCCAUUACCUUCGGGCGCUUCGCCGCGAUAGACGCUAGCAUGGGCACGCUCAUGGCCGACAUUUUCAAGACGGAGAUCAUCCCGAAGGACAUGGUCAGCGCUAUGGACAUUGUGGUGGUGUCCACGAGGAAUGAUUUGCACCUGGACCAGUCGCUGGCGGCGCGCGAGCACGCACAUAACAGGAGCAAGCAGGACGCGGCGCCCGCGCUGAGGUCGAGGCAGCUCACGCGGCAGGUGAUCGCGGGCCUGCGGAACUCUGGCUGUCAGGCGGGCUACGAGCCGAACAACGCGAACGAGCUGGAGGCGAGGAUCCAGGCGCUCAACCGCGGCUGGCUCAUGGCGAAGGCGCUCUGGCACUCGAACGCGCCUGAGCGGGUGAAGAGGCUGAUGUUCAUCUCGCUGGUCAGCGGCGCUGGGCUGUCGGGCACGAUCGCGAUCGCCUGGGCGGAGAGCGAGCACCGCACUAUUUGCUCAUCACUGGUGAAGAACUUGCGUUCGAUGAUGGCGAUUGUCCAGGGGCUGAAGACGCGGCAGAGUGCGUUUCGGGAUCUUGUGAACCAUUCGCAUUUCCUGUCGGUGUUCCUUGGAGAAAUGAAGCGGGAGUUUGAGGCGAAGCUCGCCUGCCCAAUUGCAUUCGCGCCUUCAGGUGAGCUGAAUGACAACCCUGGGACACACCCGUGGCCGGCACAACUCGAACGCGAUACGCAGAUUGUUCUGGGCCCCCUUGAGGCAGAGGACUUUGCGGAGGCUUGGAGCGGCGAUAUCCAUGAGCUGCUCUGGGGCACCGACGUGAACUGCUACUUCUCGGCGUUCGACACGCGCCCUGUGCGGACGGCCUUCGCAGCUGCUGCGCGGAAGCCCCCCGCGUCGCUGGCGGGCCCCGCACCUGCGGAGCUCGACGGGGCAGAAUCGCGGGAGAACUCAUCUCCGUCCUGCACGCGCACCGUCGCCAUGUGGAAUGG